GAAGCAGAGCGAUUCACAAAGAAACCAGUACAGGGCAGUUAUUCCGAACGACAAGAAUUCCCAAAAAUUUCUUGAUAUAAAUACCAAGACUGGGAGAUCGAAAGUCAACAGUUUUACGAUUCCAAUUGAAAGAACAAUGAUUAAAUUCCUCUUAUUUACCCUCUUCGUUGCCUAUGCUGCGGCUGGCGACAGCGAUGUCCAUGCCGAGGUGAAGGAACUAAAAUCCGAUGUCCGUGCCGAUGGCUUUGACUAUGCUCUGGAAACCUCGAAUAGCAUUCAUCAACAGGCAUCCGGUGAUGAACAUGGAAAUAUGCAUGGAUCCUAUGAAUAUGUCUCACCUGAGGGUGAACACGUCCUGGUCUCCUAUACGGCUGAUGAAAAUGGUUAUCAUCCCGUCAGCGAAUAUUUGCCAACACCACCACCAAUCCCAGACUAUAUCUUGAAGGCCAUCGAAUACAUUAAGGCUCAUCCAUCAAAGGAAUAAGAGGAGUUUUUAAUGGACAACUGAAUGGACUUCUGG